CCCUUCUCCAGAUAUGCACAUGAUGGUUGCCAGGCCCGAGCAGUGGGUGAAACCGAUGGCCGUCGCUGGCGCAAACCAAUACACCUUCCAUCUCGAAGCCACGGACAAUCCCGGCGCGCUGAUAAAGGACAUUCGGGAGAACGGGAUGAAGGUUGGCUUGGCAAUCAAGCCUGGCACUACAGUUGAACACUUGGCACCUUGGGCCAAUCAGAUAGACAUGGCUUUGGUGAUGACAGUAGAACCUGGAUUCGGAGGGCAGAAAUUUAUGGAAGACAUGAUGCCAAAGGUUCAGUGGCUGAGGACACAGUUUCCCUCACUGGAUAUUGAAGUGGACGGAGGAGUUGGGCCUGACACCAUCCAUAAGUGCGCAGAGGCAGGUGCAAAUAUGAUUGUAUCUGGCAGUGCCAUUAUGAAGAGUGCAGAUCCAAGAUCAGUGAUCAAUCUUCUAAGGAAUGUGUGUUCAGAAGCAGCUCAGAAGCGCUGUCUGGAUCGAUGAGACCUACCCAAGCAGUGUUCAAGAAGGCUCUGUGUGUGCAGGAGAACCCUCGUUUCUCAUGUGUAAGGGAGGGCUGGAUGAACAUUAAAUAAAUACAGGAACUUGUUGCUACUGAACAGAGGAAUCAUUCCUUCACUGCAAUGAAGCAAGCAGCAGUGAAAAACAUUCUGGCUGUCUUUCAGGGUUGGAAAUGCAAUGGUUUGAACCUGUCUCUUGAUUCUGUGGAGGUUAAUUUUAUGACGCAACCUGUAACACUGUCUGGAUUGACCUAAACUUCAGUCAUUUUUUUGCUUGCUAGAAGAGUGUAGCACCACCACAAAGCAGUCUCUCUUGUGGAAGACUAAUCAAACUGCCUUCUGAUGUCUGUAUUUUGUCAUUUGAUCUGUGCAUUCCUACAAUACUUUUCCACUAUCUGCAUUAAACACCCCUCCCUUGGUGUGGUAAGUCUC